AUGAGCCUCUCCGUCGCCGUCAAAGCCAAGAACUCUACUCUCAUCUCUUUGAUCCGAUUCUUCUCCGUUUCCUCCGCCGCGUCGUCCUCGUCGUCAACAGUCUCCUUGAGUCCAAGUGGAAGAUUACAGCAAACUCUCUCUGGAUGUGUGGAAGUGAAAGGGAAGUCUCUGCAUUCCGGUAAGCUUUCUACGGUGAAGCUACUGCCGGAGAUCGCCGGAGCUGGGAGGUGCUUCGAGUUCCGCUCCAGAUCCAUCCCCGCGUCGAUUGAAUUUUCUCAGGAAUCGCCUCUUUGCACUACGCUGUUCAAAGACGGCCUCCAAAUCAGAACCGUUGAACAUUUGUUGUCAGCUCUGGAGGCAAAGGGCGUUGAUAAUUGCAGGAUUCAAAUCGAAAGCGAAAGUGCAGAUGAUCGGGAAGUCGAGGUCCCAAUUUUGGAUGGAUCAGCUAAAGAAUGGGUUGAUGCGAUUGAAGAGAUUGGCAUAAACGUGGCUCGAAACCAUGUUGGUGAAAGCGUGGAGAAGAUGGUAACACAUCUGAACAAACCCGUGCACGUUUGCAAGAACGAUUCUUUUGUAGCUGCGUUUCCGUCUAUAGAGACUCGCAUCACUUGUGGUAUCGACUUCCCACAGGUCCCUGCUAUUGGCUGCCAGUGGUUUUCUUGGAGACCUGUACGUGAAUCUUGCUUUGAAAAGGAUAUUGCACCAUCAAGAACCUUUUGUGUCUAUGAAGAGGUGGAGAGGAUGCGAGAAGCAGGGCUGAUUAAAGGAGGUUCUCUGGAGAACGCAAUCGUUUGUAGCGCGGAGCGUGGAUGGAUGAAUCCGCCGCUGCGGUUCGAUGAUGAGCCGUGUCGGCAUAAGAUCUUGGACCUUAUCGGUGACCUCUCACUUGUAGCAAGAGAAGGGAACGGAGGACUUCCUGUGGCUCACAUAGUCGCAUUCAAGGCGAGUCAUGCACUGCAUAAUGACUUGGCACGUCUUCUCAUCAUCGGCUGA